CUAGAGAAAUCGUCUGUGAUGCUCCCAAUAACAAGGGUGAGUACGCCGAACCUUUAUUUGGACCCUUAUUUUUGGUCCACAUGACACAUGAAGCAUCAUUGGUGAUACUUGGGUUAAAGAUGCUGAAGAAGAACCCACUGAAGGAGACCCCGGUAAAGGAGAAACUGAUAAAGGAGAAACCACUAAAGGAGAACCCACUGAAGGAGACCCAGCUAAAGAAGAAACUGCUAAAGGAGAACCCACUGAAGGAGACCCCGCUAAAGAAGAAACUGCUAAAGGACAACCCACUGAAGGAGAACCCGCUAAAGAAGAAACUGCUAAAGGAGAACCCACGGAAGGAGACCCCGCUGAAGAAGAAACUGCUAAAGGACAACCCGCUGAAGGAGAACCCACUGAAAGAGAACACGGUGAAGGAGAAACCGCUAAAGGACAAACCGCCGAUGGAGGACGUGAAGAGGAGAAGACGACUGACACGAACCCGGACAGCUUUGAGAGCCGAUACACCGUUGGAGAGCUGCUGGGAAAGGGAGGCUGUGGUUCGGUCUACGAAGGCGUCCGUAAGGUGGACGGGAGCCAGGUUGCCAUCAAAUACGUGGUGAAGGAUGA